UUAAGAUCAAGUCGAACCGUACAGGGGUAAGUGUUUAUACUCCGUAUAAGUAAGAUGAUUAAUCAAGGAUAGAAACAAAUAUAUUAACCGUACACAAGUCCCGCCAUGUUGCAGCUCUAACGCCUGGGAAUUUCCCACAUUUUUCCGCCGCAAAUUUUGCGGAUUUUCCGGAACUGCGCUGACGUGACAGGAAGCUGGGAGGACGAGCACAAGUAUUCGAGUGUCAUGUUUCAGGGAGAGGACGGGAAGACGACAGUCCGUAGUUCUCGACUAAUUCUAGACUCCGAGGGUUCAAGUAAUGAAAAUAUCAAAUAUCAGGGAAUGGAUAUAGUUACAAGUUCUAAGGAAAGAAGGAAUCCAUCAAGAACUAAUUCAUUAUCUAGAGACAGACAGUACUAUGGGAGCUGGGAGAAUCUUCUUGAAAACUCUCUUUCGAAAUCAAAUCUUUUUAACAGUCGUAACUAUGGGUCAACUGGCUCCUUGAACAGUUCAUCCGAAUCAGAUUUAGGACCUGCACAAUUCUAUCAGGGAGCUGGUCAUCAUCUUCAGCUACAUGCAGUACAUAACCAGUCUUACCAGACAAACACAACAUUAG